AUGAGUCCCUCUGCCAAUGGCACCGCCAAUGGCAUCACCAAUGGAACUACCAGCCUCAAGCCCAACAUUGGCGUCUACACGAACCCCGAGCACCACCUCUGGCUCGCCAAGGCCGGGCCCAGCGUCGAGAGCAUCCAGGCCGGCGCCGACCUCAAGGAAGGCGAGGUCACCAUUGCCAUUCGCAGUACCGGCAUCUGCGGCUCCGAUGUGCAUUUUUGGCACGCCGGCUGCAUUGGCCCCAUGGUCGUCACCGGCGACCACAUCCUCGGACACGAGUCCGCCGGCGAGGUCAUUGCCGCGCACCCUUCCGUGACGACCCUCUCCGUCGGCGACCGCGUCGCCAUUGAGCCCAACAUUGUCUGCCACGCCUGCGAGCCCUGCCUGACGGGCCGCUACAACGGCUGCGAGCGCGUCGCCUUCCUCUCCACGCCGCCCGUCGACGGCCUGCUCCGCCGCUACGUCACCCACCCGGCGGCCUGGUGCCACCCCAUCGGCGACAUGUCCUACGAGGACGGCGCCAUGCUCGAGCCCCUCAGCGUGUCGCUCGCCGCCGUGCAGCGCGCCGCGCCGCGCCUCGGCGACCCGGUGCUCGUCUGCGGCGCGGGCCCCAUCGGCCUCAUCACCUUACUGUGCGUCGCGGCCGCCGGCGCGUGCCCCCUCGUCGUCACCGACAUUUCCGAGAGCCGUCUGGCGUUUGCGAGGGAGAUUUGCCCGCGCGUCACCACGCACAAGGUGGAAGCGGGGCUGUCGCCGCAGGAGGCGAGCCGGCGCAUCGUGGACGCGUUUGGCGGCGUCGAGCCCGCGCUGACAAUGGAGUGCACGGGCGUCGAGAGCAGCAUCGCGGCCGCCAUCUGGGCGACCAAGUUUGGCGGCAAGGUCUUCAUCAUUGGCGUCGGCAAGGACGAGAUUAGCAUCCCGUUUAUGCGCGCCUCGGUCCGCGAGGUCGACGUCCAGCUGCAGUACCGCUACAGCAACACCUGGCCCCGCGCCAUCCGCCUUCUCCGAAGCGGUGUCAUUGAUCUCUCCAAGCUCGUCACGCACAGGUUCCCGCUGGAGGAUGCCGUCAAGGCGUUUGAGACGUCGGCCGACCCCAAGAGCGGCGCCAUCAAGGUCCAGAUUCAGAGCCUCGACUAG